UUGCAGCAGAGGAACAGAAGGAGACUGCGAGAGGAGCAAGGAAUUACACACACAUACACACACAUAAAAAGCAGCAAAACCAGAACACCCUCCCUUGGACACACCCUGCUGAGGAUCACUGUUUCUCUUUUUUUUCCUGAACCAUCGCCCACACCACACGGAGAGAAGCUUUCUCCAUCAUCAUCCUCCAGAAGAAAACUCCUUUUUUCCCCUCAUUUUCAUCCUGUAGAGGACACCAACAAUUUCGCAGAGCUGAGAUCCUUUGGCGAAGACUGUAUUUUUUUCCUUUUUUUCUUUUUUUUUUCUUUUACUUUUUGCUCCUAAUUGUACAUAAAGGUCAUAUAAUAAUAUAAAGGCCCAAGAGCGCAGAGAGAGAGAGAGACUUCCGCUUCAAGACCUGUGAAAAGAAGGACCUAGCUUUCUUUCAUUGUACGUCAAGAAUGGUUACUCAGAUAAUCAGCACCAUGGAAACGCAGGUGUCCAACGGUCCAAGCGGAACCAGUCUGCCCAACGGCCCAGUCAUUAGUACAAAUGGCUCCACAGAUGACAGCAAAACCAACUUGAUCGUCAACUAUCUGCCUCAGAACAUGACCCAGGAAGAAUUCAAAAGUUUGUUUGGUAGCAUUGGAGAGAUCGAAUCCUGCAAGCUAGUCAGAGAUAAGAUAACAGGUCAGAGUUUGGGAUAUGGUUUUGUAAACUAUGUGGAUCCAAAUGAUGCAGACAAGGCUAUCAACACACUAAAUGGUCUCAAAUUGCAGACUAAAACAAUCAAGGUAUCAUAUGCCAGGCCAAGUUCAGCCUCCAUCCGUGAUGCCAACCUUUAUGUGAGCGGACUCCCCAAAACCAUGAGCCAGAAAGACAUGGAGCAGCUGUUCUCCCAGUAUGGUCGCAUCAUCACGUCCCGCAUCCUUGUGGACCAAGUUACAGCAGGCAUAUCACGGGGAGUGGGCUUCAUCCGGUUUGACAAGCGAAAUGAAGCAGAGGAGGCCAUCAAAGGACUGAACGGGCAGAAGCCUUUGGGUGCCGCUGAGCCAAUCACAGUCAAGUUUGCCAACAACCCAAGCCAGAAAACAGGCCAGGCCUUACUGACUCAGCUGUACCAAACUGCUGCCCGUCGCUACACGGGACCCCUGCACCACCAGACUCAACGUUUCAGUGUGAUCCCUUCACUUGGAAAGGGACCAGAUCCAAAUAGCAGCUCAAACACAAUACUCGACAAUUUACUAAACGCCAGCUACGGAGUCAAGAGUUCUCCUCCUCUCUUUCCCAGAUUCUCCCCCAUCACCAUUGACAGCAUGACCAGUCUGGCCGGUGUCAACCUAACCGGUCCCACCGGAGCCGGCUGGUGCAUCUUCGUCUACAACCUGUCGCCCGAGGCGGACGAGAGCGUCCUGUGGCAGCUCUUUGGGCCUUUCGGCGCCGUCACCAAUGUCAAAGUCAUCCGUGACUUCACCACCAACAAAUGCAAGGGCUUCGGCUUCGUCACAAUGACCAACUACGACGAAGCCGCCAUGGCUAUCGCCAGUCUAAAUGGCUACCGCCUGGGCGAUCGCGUGCUGCAGGUUUCCUUCAAAACCAGCAAGCAGCACAAGGCCUGAAGCAGACGCCGCCGGUGGCAGCUGGUCGAACCUGCAGGGGGUCCUACCUGAGCCUCCCUGCGUCAUCACUCUACAUGGGCCUGGACUGAGUCUCUCUGUCUUUCUCUCUCUGACAUGCUCGCACACAAACUCAUAAACACAUACACACACACGUGCAGAGGCACAGAACACAUGCACACACAAAGCAUACAGACAUUCUCAAGCGUAGAUAAGUCAGAGUUUCAAACAAACACACUAGUGGAGUUCUUUCUUUUCUCUUUACACAACUUGCUAGUCUUUCCCUGUAUUUGCCUGGAUUGAAUUAGAAAGGAGUGCGUAGCUGGUGGGGGGCUUUCUGAAAGGGAGGGGGGCAAGGGGGAAGAGCUUUCUAUUUAGGAGACAGUCUAACGAAUGUGACAGAGAAUGUGUACUGAGUGCUUUGAUUGAAUUCAGGCAAAUAAUGACAACUGAUGAACAAAAUUAUCAAAAAAGAAAAAAAUGUGCAAUUUACCUAAACUCUUACCCCACCAUCUCUCCCAUCAUCCUGUUGGAGGGGAUGUAGUCACUUUUUUUACACUUGGGCAUUUUGAAUCAGUGAUUUUUUUAGAUCAAAGAAAAUGAAACUAAAAACAGUGUUCUCUUAUAUACGUCUAUUAAAAUAUUACUAUAUAUUCAAUAUUUAAGGUGGUUAUAAUAGCCGAGUAUGUAAGCAUUUUCUAGAAACUUUGACUACUGUUUCCUGACCUGCGUUAGGUGGUGCCUCGCUUCAAGGCAUUUUUCUCUUAUAUAUCAGAGCUUGUCAGCUCAGACCCAACAUGAUUUAGCUCAAUGGUGAAUGAAAAGAGCAGUUCAAAGGCCAUUACUUGUAUCCACACAGACUCACGGGAAAUAUCACAAUAGAACAGUUAACGUAUCACAAAAAACACCGUUCAGUAAUAGGAAGAUUUACACAUAUUUAGUCCUCUGAAGCAGUUUUUUAUUUUUUAUUUUUUUCACUUGAUCUCAUCCAACGCGAUGGAUUGAAUACAGGCAGACCGUCUGUGAACUUAGAGCAGAGCAGCAGCGCUCCCAUGGUGACGACGUUCAUUAGUAAUUCUCUCCUGGGCGAGAGAGGAAUGAGUGUGAGGGGAAAAACUGUUCCAUCAUCACACAGCUGCGACAAAAAUACUGGUGUUUUUACACUUUGGCUGACUUACAAAAGGAGCUUUAUUGCAUCAAAAGUUGUUUUAUUUCCACAAUGCCUUUCUAUCAGCCCUUUGCCGUCAGAAAGAAAUGGCAAAAACAGUCACUGACAGGCAGGUUUAUUUCACUACAGCUGAAUGUUUCUGCUCUUAGAGGGCAUUGUUGGAAGAAAAACUUGAACAUGUCUGAAAUAGUACAUCUCUAAUAAUAAAGGCAGGCCCGUAAAGAAGCAAAAAUGUGAAAUUCACUAGUAUUAUUCCUCAGUUUCUUAAAGAUAAAUGCUACUUUUCUGUAGAUUAAACUGGAUCUAUAAUGUCCAAUAUUGUGUAGAUUUUACUACUGAUAACUGAUUGCAGUGAUAUCUGAACACAUAUCCAUUAAGCAGAAAGAUUACUCUCUAUUUUACCUUUUUAGUCUGGAAAAAGCUAUACAUUUUUCUUAAAUGCCAUCGUUUUCUUAAAAACUCUUCCAGGUAACUUUGAACGUUCAAACAUGGCGGAACAUCACCCUUGCAGAUAGGUGUCAUAGUUACCUUUUUGAUCACAAAGAAAGCAUUUAACAAGUUUCUCACUAUCAGUUUGGUGCAACAACAAAAAUAGCUGGUGAUUAAAAUAUCCCCAACCCAGGAGCAUAGGGAUUAUUUAUGGCACCCUUGAUGAAACAAUAAGGCCCAACCCGUCUAGUGGAAGUGUCUGCUGCAGCCCAGAUUUUUGAUGUACCAUGUGGAGAGCGAGUGUCUUUUAAUAUCAAGACACAGGCGCAUGAUGAUACGUUAAAUAAGGUCAGCUAUAUUCAAGUCAUUUUUGCUUUUCUAAAUGACGCUGUGUUAGCCAAAGAGGACAGUCUCUUUGAAAAGGAUUACAUUAGAGAUAAUCUAUUUUUAUACAUACAAAGGAACAAGACCUUGUGCUGAAUUUUUACAGAUUCUUAAGCUUGGAAAAAAUUGGGACAUUGCGUGGCUUCGUUUGAAACUCUCUGAUCUUCACAGACAAAGAGGGAAGAAGCAGCGUGGUGUAUGGGUGGGGAUUUGGGAGGGGGCGAAGGAACCGCGUAUCUCACACAAACUUAACCGCAUCUGGAGAAAAACAAACCUGGCAAAUGCGAAUUGAACCCAAGCGAAGAUACAUUUUAACAGCCAGGGUAUAACCUGACAGACACAUCUGUAUUUUAGAGUGUUCAGACGCACUCAGCAUCUCUUGUCUUGAAAUUUUGUACAGUGUUGCUUCAACAAUGGAAGCUCUUUGACCUGAAAAUCCCAGACAGAGCUGCAGUGAGACUGGCUCUCUGCCCAGCUGUAAAACCGAAGAAGCUGCUUGCAGAUUGAUAAUACAAAAGAUUCAAAAAGUGCUGGUGAUUCACACUGAAAAUCCUUACGAUGAGAUAGAUUUGAGUUUUGCCAAAGAAUUGCUUUGCAAGUCAGAACUAAGAAGGACAAACUAACUAUAAUAUCCCCUUCAUAAUUGCUGUAAAAAUAUAUGUUAUUUGUUGAGCAAGGACCCUCGACAAUUUGAGUUAGAAUUACUUUUGAGCAUAUAUUGUAAGUUGCGCAUAUCGAUUUCCAUUUCUGAAUCAAAAAGAACACCAUACCAAAUGCUAAAAUCAACUACAUUUGCACACAUAUCAUGCAGUAUAAAAAAGGCAUAUUUAUAUAAAAAAGGGAUGACUCAACUCACCUUGCGACCGAGGCAAAGAAGCAAAAUGCAUCCACAUAUUUCCCCUGAUAUUCAAAUAACCCUUUUAAUCUUUAUCUUUUAAUACAUUGCCAAUACUUUUUGCUGACAUUUUUUUUUAUCUGACUCAUACUGUUUCUCCCCCACAAAUGCUGAUUGCUGUCGUCCACAGCUAAUCACAGAAAGGUCAAAUCUAGCUCAUUUGGUUCUUGCAAGAGAUAGCGCAGCCAGUUUGAGCACGUGGUGAGCCCAGCGACAGACAUUAUAGCAAGAAAACAGGCCACAUUGAACUGCAGCCAUGAAAAAGUCCAAAUAUGACCUCCCACACCCGGUCCAUAUGGAGACCUACACCUGAUGUACGGCAGAGAGCCGCGGACCAUGGCAGGAAACAGUACUACACUGCUUGAGCAACAACAAUAAUCAUUUUAAAAAGACAAAAAAACUUUCCUAUGGAACAGUAAGUGCAAUGUGCUUUGUUUUUAUAUUGACUGAGAACAAAUGAUAUAUAUUUUUAAAAAAAGAAAAAGAAACGUCACACUGAAAAGGUUUGAGGAAUAGCAAGAGGAGCGACUGUUCAGGCGAAAGCGAUUAAAUCGAACAGACUCGUUACCAAAUCAGAGAAAGAAUGAGAGCUCUGAUCUCCAAAUUGUUCCACGAUCACUUCCUCAGUCCCUAUUUUGUGCUCUGUCCACGCAAGCUCAAACUGCAUAUUUGGCUGACUUUAGUAGAGCUUUUCUCAAUGACUUGGAAAGGAAUAUCAUCUAACAGAACAUCAGUUUUAGCCCACGUCAAUUUCAAAUAUCAUUUUCCUGUGAUUUCUUGAUUUCAAUUACAUAUCAGGACUCACUUGUUAACUUAGUGUAUUUGUGUUGUUGAUGUUGCCAUAGAGAACACACAUGGGUCGAAGAUUACGUUUUGGUUGCAUCGAUUGGGUACAGUUUGUUAUUUUUCUUCCAUUUUAUUAGUUACAGUUUUUACAGUGUAUGCAGAUUUUAGACUUAGUUAGAUUUCUUUUGUUUCAAUCAAACUGUGUUCAAUUGUGUUUGUAAAGUCUGUGGUAGCUUUUGUUGCAACAUAAAAAUAAUUUAAACUGAAAAAAUUCAAAAUAGCGCCAACAAACUUGUAUUAUUUGGGCGACUUUAAGCUUGUAGUUUUAACUUAUUGUUAACUUAAAAACUAUUUAUUAUGAUUAUUAUUAUUAUUGCCUCGUAUAAAGUAUGUUUUGUGUAUAUUUAUGGUUUAUUUCAUUAUAUUUGCAAGUUUAAAAGAUUUUAAGUUUGCCAAAAUUGUGGUUACACCAUUUUGUUUCUUAAAAAGGGGGACAAAUAGAAAAACAGCUUUAGAAGUACGAUUUGGAAACGUUCUCCAUAGUCAAAGAAUGCACUGCUAUAUUUAACUAAUUGAAGUGUAUAAACAUACAUGCUGUGUGCUAGAUGUUAUGCCUUUACUGCCUGUGUUCUGUUUGUCUUGUUAAAUGAAAAUCUUUUUAAUUAUUUAACCUAAUCACAGUCUUGUUUUUUCCAACCACUCUGAGCCCCUGAGAGAUGAAGGCGCCCCCCUUUAGUGAGGCUUCGGCUCUCUUCAGGGGGAGCGAUUUGUUUGAUUUGCUCAAAAGAUGCUUUCCUGUUUCGCUGAUAGGCUGAAUUUAUCAAAAUCUAUUAAAGCCUCUGAAUCUGUCAAGUAAACGUAUCACUGAGGCCAUUUUUAUCAAUUUGUGCUAUUCAGAGUCAUAAACUUAGCCAAGAACUCUGGGGAAAAUAUCACAGAGCUCCAACAAGCUACAGGAAGGUUUUCUUUGGAGGGUCUAGAGUUGCAAAGGGAUGAGUGGGCCUUCUGUUUCUCAACUGUAUUUUGUGUCUAUUUAUUUAGAAGAGGGGACGCAGUAACUUAGUGAUGUUUUUCUUACCUUUUCCUGGAAUGGUAGAACAAAUCAAAGGGUAAAAACGAUCAAAUAGUUCUGUUGACAGCAACGUCAGCAGAAACAAAACAAAAAAAAUCUACAAAAAAAAAAAACAAA